AUAAUUUAAACACAUGUGUUUAAAAUUUAAACAGUGUAAAUGUUAUAAAACUAAACAUCCUGAAUGUUUUUUUAUUAAACAUGUUCAUUAAAUAAAUGCCAUCACAUGUUUAAAAACUGUCACAGAUAUGUGUUUAUUCAUGUGUUUAAAUCUUAAACACUUCUUUUUACAGUGUACUAUUAGAAAAUACAUUACUUCAUUAAUUGUGACAUAUUUUUACUCAAUAAAAUUAUGCCAUCAUUUGCACAGCACUUUAUUGGUUGAGUAAAUCGCUCAAUGAUUUUACACUUUGCAUGUAUUUUUUUGUUAUACAGUAGUUUAACUUAUGUAUCAUUACUUGCAAUUGCUAAACUUUACUAAUUAUAAAAAAAAAAUCACAAAUUGAUUUUUUAAUCAAAUACCUCUGUACAACAUACCAGUUGUUUUUAAUUAUGGAUUAUAAAAAUGUUAUACUUUUUUUUAUUAGAUCCUUAAAAAAAUCUAUGGAGAUGGUCAAGGGACAAUGCAAUAUCUUACCAGUGUCCUGAAUGAGUGGGGCCAAUUCUUGACAUCAGUGGUCGUCGCAUCUGAGUCCGAGGACUGCUAUAGACGAAUGGCUCAAGGACUGAUUGCCCGAUUUAAGCGUGCAAAUGCACCAACCCCUAAAGUUAUCUAUGCCGAUAACAAUUGCUGUAGUGAAAGCGGGGCAUCGUGGAUUCAUUCACUUUUCGAGGAAUGGGAUGGUAUGGUAGUGCGCCUAGACAUCAGACACUGGCUGCAUAGAUGGGACACUGUCGUAAUAAAGAAAAGUCAUUCAAAAUACGGUGUGUUUAUGAGUGCACUUGCAGGAGCAAUACUCGCAUACAACAAAGCUGAUAUGGACCAACUCAUAAAAGCAGUGAGGAAUGGAAACCAGGAGAUGUUUUCAAAAUACAGUGAUAUGGAUAUGAUUACCUAUGUAAAACCACAUCAACGGAAAUCCCAUGUUCGUCGUAUAACGUGUGGUGUAGAGGUAUGUUACUUAAAUUCCACUAAUAAAUUAAAAACCUGUGCUGCGGCAAUUUAAUCUUUUAGAAUAAAUUUAUGAAAACUCAAUUUAAAUUCGUUUCAGGAGAGUGUAUGUUCCAUCGAAGCAAUUCUCAAACAAUUCAAAGGACCAGCGGGUCUUGAUGUAGAUGGUAUUCCGCUAUUCAAGUCUUCCGAAGCUGUGGAUGCAUACUGGGAAAAGGCCAGCAAGCAUAUUAGCUGUAUGCAGGUUAGUAGCAGGAAUAUCUCAGAUAAAAAUUAAGCUGUACUGGAUUUCACUUGCUAAUGUGUGCAAAAUUCUAUACAUUUUUAAAACUUAGAUAAUAAUAAAUCAAUUUGUUUCAUGUUUUUUUUAAGUUUUAAAGACAGUAAUAUGUAUAGAAAGAUUUAUUUAUAUAAAAUCAUUAAAAUUUUUAACAAUUAAUCAUUAGCUGUUAUAGAAUGAAUGAAUGAAUGAAUGUUUGAAUUAAGAGUAUUAUCAUUGACCAAUUAUGACAUAAUGUAUGUUUUUCCAAUGCAGGAUCCACCUGGCAUUCCUCUAUAUGUUGUUACCAAGGUGGUGCAUUUAAAUGGUGUUCAGCUGAACAAAUACAGGUGCAGAAGAGGAAGCAACUCCUUUGAAGGACUGCAUGCUCACUUAGUCAAAGCCAUUCCAUCACAACACUGUGGUAUCAUGCCGUUUCAGGUUUACCUCAUAUCAUUUGCAAUGCAGUGGAAUUGCAGAAUGGAGUCCCUGAAAGUUGCUGGAGGACAAGGAAGACACACCUUGUGCAUGGAUGCUCGUCAAAUUCAGCGACUGUAUCAUCAAGCAAAUGUUUUGUUCGGAAAAGAACAACUUCUUGAGCCAAACUUUGCAGCACCAAUGCCUUACCCAGCAAGAUAUGAUGACCCAGCAGAGAAAGAACUACUUGGAGUGGAAUAUGCGUACUGUCAGUCAUCUGACUUCAAGGCCAAAGACUACUUUAUCAAAAAAGUGUCAGAAGAGCAGUCCCAAGAAGAAGAAGAAGAAGAAAGUGGGAGUGAUAGCCAUCAGAAUGAGGAUACAGAUGAAGGUAUUGAUGUAUUAUCUACUAACGAAGAGGAAAAUGAUGUACUUGGCAGCUUCAGUUCUCAACAUGCUAUUCUUACCAAAGAGGAGAGUGUUGCUGAUGAGGUUAGUCCAGCAUUGCAGGAUGUUUUGAUGUCUCCAAGUCAUCUACAUCUUCCAGGUUAUGAGGAGGUGGAACGUCUUGCCUUACUUUUACUUGAACUGGCUGAUGAGAGUAACAGCCACAUUAUCCCAGUUCCCCUUAGGCAAAAAAUUGCGAAGGCUGCUCAAGAAAUUCAUGAGCAUGAUAAGUCUUCCAAAAAUUUUGUAAAAAAAUACAAAUCAAAAUGGGGAUACACUUUGUUUGGACGGUGCCUUGGCCCAGACACACCACUGAGCAGUGCAGCCCAGAAGACCAAAUUUGGUUGGAUGCGAUAUGCUCAAGCCUCACAAAUAACAGAUGAGUCGCGCCUGUUGUAUCUUUUGAUAAAAAUACUAAAAAACAGACCAGGUGUCAGCCACUUUUCAUCACCCACAAAGAUUGCAAGUCACAUCAAAGGGGAAUACAAAAGGAUUGUAGACCGUAUCAGAGAUGAUCCAGUUUUGUAUUCCCUAGCCAUUCCUUUACCAAAAAUUAAUAACAAAUCUAUAACUAAUUUUAUUACAAAAGAAGAAAAAAAGGCGAACUAUAAGGCUACAGCAAUUCCUAAGGUCAUUACCCAUCAACGAGUUCUUUCCGAUCAACCGAUGCCCGAAUCUCCAUCUUUGCCAACAUCACUGCCACAACCUGAGCGACCCCAAAUGCAGUACACAUCUGGAAAGAGACCUGGUGAGAAGAGGAGAUGGACUGAUGUUGAAGUAGAAGAGCAACCUUUGUCAACAGAUGUUAAUGACCAAAAGACAUUAAAGUCUCGACAAAGUUCAUCUUUGCCAACACUGAUCCCCAAAUAUCAACCCUCACUGGGUGCUCCAGUACUCAUGGUAAUACCAUCACAACCGUCUGCAAGUUCAAUAACUUUUAAGCAGGAAUCUUCUUCAAGCCAAGGAUUGCCAUUCAAAUUUUCUCCUGCUCCACCUCCAGCGCCUCCGAUUAAACCAACUGUCCCAAGAUCAGGAAAGCCGUGCUCAGCAUGUAAGCAACCAAAGUGUGCUGGUCAGCGCAAACGUUACACCCCAUCACGAGACAAAACGAUGUAUAGCACGCAAAAGAUAUUCACCUUUUGUCCGAUCACUAAAAAGUCAACCACUCCAGGAUUUGAAAAAGAAGAUUUUAAAGAUUUUGAUGAUUUCAAAAAAACUGUAGACGAGGUGUUGUUGUUACAAGCAAUAGACAAAUAGACAACAAUGAUGUAUUAUUAUAUUAACUGGCUACUUAUAUGUAUUAUAAAUUUGUGGGUUUUUUUUAAAUAGCAAUCAUUGUUUUAAAAAUUGUUAUUUCUUAUUAAUAUUAUUAUAUUAUUAUGAUUUAUAAAUGAGAUAAAUGAAAGAAAGACUUUUAUGCAGCUCUGUUUAAUAAUAAGGUUUUAUAUGUGCAAAUUGUUAUCAUUGAUUAUUUUUUAAAUUUAUAUAUCAAACUAAUAUGUUUGAUUUGUUUCAAAAAGAAAACAGUUGGAAAACAUUAACAAACAAUAUGUUGCUUCUUGUGCAUUGUAAAGUUGUAUUUUUGGAAAGAAAA